GUGGUUUAUUCGGUUGGAGCUCAGAUGGAGGUUUUUCCUCCCUCUGAGGAGAAUCUGACGGCGUGACGAUGACUUCCUGAGAGAGAGAGAGAGAGAGAGAGAGAGAGAGAGAGAGAGAUCCUCCCCUCAGUUUCCACGGUGACGGCAUCCCUCCAUCCUCCUCCUCCUCCUCCAUCAUCAUCUCUCCGUCCGGUUGCUGUUGGCUCGUUGGCGUCGUCAGGAUGGUAGAUAAAGGAACCAGAGUGUUUAAGAAAGCCAGUCCCAAUGGAAAGCUCACUGUCUAUCUGGGGAAGAGAGACUUUGUGGACCACGUGGACCUGGUGGAGCCCGUCGACGGCGUCGUCCUGAUCGACCCGGAGUACCUGAAGGAGAGGAAAGUGUUUGUGACUCUGACCUGUGCGUUCCGUUAUGGUCGUGAGGAUUUGGACGUCCUCGGGUUGACGUUUCGGAAAGACCUGUUUGUGGCGAACGUCCAGGCGUUUCCUCCUCUGCCCGAAGAGAAGAAGAGUCUGACUCGUCUUCAGGAACGCCUGAUUAAAAAACUGGGAGAACACGCCCACCCGUUCACUUUCGAGAUUCCUCUGAACCUGCCGUGCUCCGUCACCCUGCAGCCGGGCCCAGAGGACACUGGGAAGGCCUGCGGAGUGGACUUUGAGGUGAAAGCUUUCUGUGCAGAAAAUGUUGAAGAAAAGAUCCACAAAAGGAACUCGGUGCGUCUGGUGAUCCGGAAGGUGCAGUACGCUCCAGAGAAACCUGGUCCUCAGCCGACAGCAGAAACCACCAGACAGUUCCUGAUGUCGGACAAACCUCUGCACCUGGAGGCCUCUCUGGACAAAGAGAUCUACUAUCACGGGGAGCCAAUCAGUGUCAACGUUCACGUCACCAACAAUACCAACAAGACCGUGAAGAAGAUGAAGAUCUCAGUGCGACAGUACGCCGACAUCUGCCUGUUCAACACGGCUCAGUACAAAUGUCCGGUGGCCACCGAGGACUCAGACGAUGUCGUUGCUCCCAGUUCGACUUUCUGCAAAGUUUUCACUCUCACUCCAUUUCUGGCCAACAACCGAGAGAAACGAGGCCUCGCUCUGGAUGGAAAACUGAAGCACGAGGACACCAACCUGGCCUCCAGCACACUUGCUUCCUUGCUGAGCAGCGGUGGAGGGAUUCGUCCUGGAAGUCGCAUGUUAAGAGAAGGAGCCAAUAAGGAGAUCCUCGGCAUCAUCGUGUCGUACAAAGUCAAAGUGAAGCUGGUCGUGUCCCGAGGCGGGCUCCUGGGAGAUCUGGCGGCGAGUGACGUCUCCGUUGAGCUGCCUUUCACAUUAAUGCACCCGAAGCCGUUAGAAGAAUCCAUCUACAGAGAUGCUGCAGACGAAGCUCCGAUCGACACAAACCUGAUCGAGUUUGACACAAACGACGAUGACAUCAUCUUCGAAGACUUCGCCCGCCAGCGGCUGAUUGGGGCGAAGGACGACAAGGAUGAAGACGAGGAGCCGGUGGACUCGCCCAAACUCGACGACAGAUAAAGGCGCCGAGCGUCGCCGCCGCCACUGCUGCUGUUGUUGUUUCGCUGCUGUUUGUAGUGUGGAGCUAACGGAGGUCACCUUUAGGUCAAACCACAGUCUGGACACCCUUUAAACACUCGGCGGUGCCGUGUUUGUGUUCUCGUUCAUGUUCGUCCUCUCUCUGCGUCCUGCUGCGGUGUAGAAAGCUAGAAUACCGCAGCCACGACGUCAGUUGUGUUUUCAGACGGAGCAGCUCGCCACUCCUCCGCCGGCCGGCCGGAGACUUGAACCGGCGAGCGCGGCGUCGUAACGACGGCUGGUAGCAUGCCUCUAAUGUCACUUUGUUCUAUGUGUUUCCAUUAGGGACCGAACAGGAGUUACGUUGUGUUGAGAUUAGUUUCGAUGUGUCGUAUCAGAGGGUCUUCAUAAACAACAACACUGCCAGCUUUGGUUGAUCUGGAACAGUUCACCACUCGAGCCACAACACGGACGUCAGCUGACGGAGGCUUUUGUUAACAGUCCGUCUGCGUGUAGCCGAAGCUGCGGAGUGAAGAAACACCAGAGGAAGAGUCAUCUGCAGGACGUGCCGACCCGCCGAGAGGACCUGAAACUGUCAGAGCCGCCAGUCAGCUGAGAGGAACUGGUGGCCCAGUGUGCAUGAAAUACAUCAAUACUUUAUUAAUCAAUGUCAUGAAUAAUCAACCUUUAUACAGGAUGGCUCUGACUUUAAAGGAGCAUACAAGUGUUUGUUGUUUGAUGUUGAUCAUUUUCCAAAUCAUCAUCAGUAUUUAGAUCAGUUUCAGAAGCUGUCAUGUACAGAAAGCUGCCGUCACGUCUGGUCCGAGUCAGUUAAUGAUCGUUAUUUCAAACUGUGGCUGCUUGUGUUUAGACAACAUUUAACAUUUGACAACGUUGGCUUCUUUUGAUUCACGAAGAAAAGGGAAUUUGUAAAAAAAAAAAACAUGUUUAUAUUUGUCAAAGUAUCGAGAAAAGUAUUUGUAUCAGAACUGAAACUCAAUAAUUUAUCAAACAAUCGGCGUUCCGUAAUCUCCCAAAUGCAACAUUAACCGCUCCCUUAAAAACGUCGUCUUUAUUACAGUUUGGAGCCAAAAUCGGCUCUUCGUCAAGUCUCUGACGUCGAGGAUUGAGUUUCUCUCUGCAGGCUGAUUUUCACAGAAAUAAAGGAGAUCAAUUAAAAAACUGAUGGAGGAUUCGGACAAUGAUCAGCAGGGAUGUGAUGUAAACAGGAUGUAUAACAGCAUCAGGAGACUUUGUGUAACUACUGAACAUUUAUUGUACAAAACAUUUUUAAUUUAAACAUUCAAAGUAAAACAGUGACUGUCUGAAACGUCCCUCCAUGUGAACAGAGUCAGUGUGCAGUUGUGUUAGCAGUGCUGUGUGUGUGUGUGUGUGUGUGUGUGUGUGUGUGUGUGUGAGAUACUCUUCACUGAAUGAAUCUGUGUUUUUUCACUGUAACACGACAUUACAGGACAAAGAUCAAAAACACCCAAAACAUCUUUAUUAUUUGUAACAAUAUUUUAAUUGGCUUUUAUUUUGACAGGGCCAGGAGGAAACCUGUAUAUUCCACUUCAUCUUUAAUAAAAGGACGUUUGUGGCAA